AUGAAGUUGUUAGCCAAGAAAACCACAUUCCUUGUUAGAUUUGUUUCGACUACUCGUCCAAAAUCAAAAGUUGUAACCACAACUGACGAAGCCCUUAAAGGGAUUGGAUCUAAUAUCACUUUGUUAUCAGGAGGGUUUGGUCUUAGUGGUGUUCCAGAUACAAUUAUAAACGCAAUGGUAAACCAUCCAGCAAUUAAAAAUGUAACAGCUGUUUCUAAUAAUGCUGGUUUGGAUGGCAGAGGAUUAUCCCAACUAUUAGUCACGGGACAGAUUACCAAGAUGAUUUCCAGUUAUAUUGGCGGGAACAGAACAUUCGAGAAGUUAUAUCUUACAGGUCAAAUAGACCUAGAGUUGACUCCACAGGGAAAUUUAGCUGAGCGUGUUCGUGCUGGAGCUGCAGGCAUUCCUGCUUUUUAUUCUUCUGCUGGUGUUGGCACUUGGUUAGAAGAAGGGAAAUUACCAGUGAGAUACGACAGCACGGGAGAAAAAGUGUUGAAAACCAGCGAUCCUCGAGAAGUUCGUGAAUUCAACGGAAGAAAAUAUUUACUUGAACCUGCAAUUCAAGGAGACGUGGCUAUUAUUAAAGCUUUCAAGGCUGACACUUUGGGAAAUUGUUGGUUUAGAGGAGCUGCAAGAAACUUCAACUCGGUCAUGGGCAGAAAUGCGAAAUUAACAGUCGUCGAAGCCGAACACAUUGUUGAACCAGGUGAAAUCGCCCCAGAGGAUGUCCAUUUACCAGCCAUUUAUGUUGACAAAAUCAUUCAAUCAACCACACCAAAAGACAUAGAAUUAUUUACCUUUUCAGACGAAAAAUCCGGGAACGAAAGUAACCAAAAACUGGAAGUGGAAUUGAAACGAGCUAAGAUAGUGAAAAGAGCAGCCCAAGAAUUUAAGGAUGGGUCUUUUGCCAAUUUGGGGAUAGGUAUGCCAACUUUGGCACCAAACUAUUUGCCUGACAACAUUCACGUUACGUUGCAAUCUGAAAAUGGUAUACUAGGAUUAGGUCCAUAUCCUAAAAAAGGUGAAGAAGAUCCAGAUUUAAUCAAUGCUGGUAAGGAAACUGUCACUUUAGCACCAGGUGCUUCUUUGUUUGGAUCUGAAGAGUCUUUUGGGAUGAUCAGAGGUGGUAAGAUUGAUUUGACGAUAUUAGGUGGCUUGCAAGUGUCAUCGAAAGGGGACUUAGCUAACUGGGGAUUACCAGGAAGAGUAAAAGGAAUGGGUGGGGCAAUGGAUCUUGUAAGUAAUCCCUCCGCCACAAGAGUGGUUGUGGUUAUGGAACAUGUUGACAAAAAAGGUAGACCAAAAAUUCUUGAGGAGUGUCAAUUCCCAUUGACUGGUAAAAGGUGUGUUUCCAGAAUCAUUACUGAUUUAGCUGUAUUUGAUAUCAUCGAUGAAAAGUUGAUUCUUGUUGAAAUUGAUCCUGAAACAACUGUUGACGAAGUUACUUCGAAGACUGGAGCCAAAUUCGAAGUUGCAAAAGAUUUGAAAAAAAUUGAGAUUUAA